AUGAACCAAAGUCAAGUAGGCCAAAUCAUCAAGCUUAUGGUUCUGGAGGAUUUUAAAGAACUAUCUCUUACCUUUGGUAGGAAGGAGGCUGGCCCUGUGACCAUUGAGAUUGCAAUUAAAAUCUCUGACCAUAACUGCCCCACCAAAGUCUCCCUCAAAAGGCCAACUUCUACUUGA